AUGUCUGCACUGUUCUUCCCUCUCAUGUCAUUGCUCUUUCUGCUCUUAUGUAUCAAAGUUAACGCGACUCCCGCCUCGGUGGGAACAGAUUUUACCAUCCACAAGCGCUUCAAUUCUAACAUUCUUGGGGACGUUCAACUCCGUUAUGUGGAAGAUUCAGGCGUCUGCGAAACAACCGCUGGGGUCCAUCAGGUUUCCGGAUACAUCGACGUUGGAACGAACAUGUCAAUGUGGUUCUGGUUUUUUGAGGCCCGAGAGUCGCCGGAAACAGCACCAUUUACCUUAUGGCUGAACGGCGGCCCAGGAUGCUCGUCGAUGAUUGGCCUUUUCCAAGAACAUGGGCCCUGCCUUGUGAACCCUGAUGGUGCAACCACUGUCCUUAACCCAUACAGUUGGAACAACCUUAGCAAUAUGAUUUACAUCGAUCAACCCAUCGGGACGGGUUUCUCUUUUGGGACCGACACCGUUAACAGUACACUGUCGGCGGCCCCGUUUGUUUGGACGGCAUUCCAGAUUCUAUUCGAGAGUGGACAGUUUUCGAAAUUCGAAAGUAGAGAAUUUAUCUUCGCCACUGAAAGCUACGGUGGUCAUUAUGGGCCAGCUUUCGUUACCUACUUCGAUCAACAAAACGCUUUGAUUCAGCAAGGGGCAAUUGAAGGGGUCGAGAUCGUCGUUAGCGCCUUGAUGAUCAACAACGGUUGGUAUGACCCACUGAUUCAAAACAAGGCCUACAUAGAUUUUGCUACGGAUGCUCCCGGAUAUGGGCAGCUGCAAAGCGAUCGAGUGCUCCAAGAGAUGAACACCGCGUACUUUAAGGCAGGCGGAUGCUUGGAACAAGAGCAAGCAUGCUACGCAGCGGGAGAUUCGAGCAGCUCCAACAGGAUCUGUCGCACCGCUGACAAUUUCUGUGUUGAAAACAUCUUUGUUCCCGCAGUCGGUGAUCGUGACUCUGACGACCUCAGGCAGAACUCUUCUGCUCUCUUCCCUCCCAGCUUUUACAUUGACUUCUUGAGUAACACGACGAUCAAAGAAAGGAUCGGCGCCACAAGCGACUAUUCUGAAUGUGCCGACGCUCCUUUCGAGCUGUUCGUUCGAACAGGAGAUGACGCACGGACACUUCUACCUCAGUUGGCCGCAUUGGCAGACUCGGGGCUCAACAUGCUGAUUUGGGCGGGUGAUGCUGAUAUCAACUGCAACUGGCUGGGAGGACACGCGUCUGUCCUCGCUAUGGACUGGUCUGGAAAGGAAGCCCUAGCGAACACACCGUUUACGAAUAUGACUAUUGACGGAACUGCAGUUGCUGCAGUCCAGAACGUUGGGAAUUUCUCCUUUGCACGAGUUUAUGAAGCAGGCCAUGAAGUUCCCGCUUUUCAGCCUGCGGCAUCCCUGGAGAUAUUUCGUCAGGUAAUCAACAAGGAACCUUUGCAUUCUGUUUAA